GAUUUAUAAUGAUUAAAAAAAACAAAAAAACAUAGCAGUUAAUUGGGUAUUCAAAAGCACUUAUCGUCAUACUAACAGCAAUAUGUUUAGGUUUAAACUAAUAGGCUAGUUAUUACCCUAAUAAAGACUGCAAAUCUGUCAAAAUUCUGGAGAUAUUUCACAUUAAAAACAAGGUUAGAAAUUAUUUCUGAAUUAUUUUUACAAAAGGUAAAUAUCAAUGUCAGCAAACCCAGCAUAUGAUAAUUACCAGGGAAACAUGUUAUGUAAGAUCUUGAAACGUAUAUGAGGUUUGUUUGCUGUGGAGUACUGGCUAAAAUCAUAGACUGUAGGCCAAAACGUAAUCUUGCAACGUGAUGACGACACACGUGGAUCUGUGGACACGUGACCCGUUCACCUGUGCUCAACCUGUUUAUCUCCAUAGUUCCUCCGACUCGUCGCUCAAGGAUAACUUCAAAUACACGCUGUUUACACUCAACGUUUGGAUUUUUUCCACUGGAUUCACAGAGUAAACGCUUCAGGCUACCGCGGUAUUUAUAAGUGUUUUAUUAGUUACAGGUAACAGGAGCUUUUAUUCGCCGGCUGUGUGGACUUCGACCUCGGUCAGGCACCUGUUUCAAACAAGGAAGUCCAGUCUGUUGAUCCUGUCGUUGGUACAAGUCGACGGACCGUUUGUAAAUGACAGUAAAUGAGGUCGGUUGGCUAUUCUGAAAGACUAUUUUAUUCCCCAUGUUGAUCCUACAACGUUCAUUCCGUGGACCGUGGCCCACAAUCUAAACAGGAUAAAGCUGCUCCCAGCCUCCCCGGGCCAAGAUGAAUAUUUCGUAUCGAGACAUGGAUGUAUCAACCGAAAAUGAUUCUAUUGUUCACCUGGAUGCACCAAUUCUCCCAGACAAGGCAGACUUCUCCAAUAUGACCAUUAUCCAAACAAGCAAUGGGACAAUCAUAGAGGACAAUAUGUUUUUUUUAAACACAGUGGCUGCUCAGGGGCUCUCUGGGAUAUUUGUCUGGUCCGCUUUGCUCAUAACAUGCCACCAGAUCUACACACACCUUCGAUCCUACACAGUCCCCAAUGAGCAACGCUACAUCAUCCGCAUCCUCUUUAUCGUGCCAGUCUAUGCCUUCGAUUCUUGGCUCAGCCUGCUCUUUAUCAGCAACGACCAGUACUAUGUCUACUUUGAUUCAGUUCGAGACUGCUACGAAGCAUUUGUCAUUUACAAUUUCCUGAGCCUGUCCUUUGAGUAUCUGGGAGGAGAGAGUGCAAUCAUGUCAGAGAUCCGUGGGAAACCCAUACAGUCAAGUUGUCUGUAUGGUACCUGCUGUCUCGGUGGAAUGAGCUACUCCAUUGGCUUUUUAAGAUUCUGCAAACAGGCAACUCUCCAGUUUUGUGUUGUCAAACCCAUCAUGGCAGUCAUCACCAUCAUCCUGCAGGCCUUUGGCAAAUAUCAUGAUGGAGAUUUUAACAUAAAUGGAGGAUACCUAUACAUCACAAUCAUCUACAACUUCUCCGUCAGCCUGGCUCUCUACGCUCUCUUCCUCUUCUUCUUCGCAACAAGUGACCUGCUCAGGCCGUACGAACCAGUGCUGAAGUUCCUCACAAUCAAAUCCGUCAUCUUCUUAUCCUUCUGGCAAGGAAUGGUCCUUGCCAUCCUGGAGCGCUGCGGCGUCAUACCCAACGCACUCUUCAUUGAUGGACAAGAGGUCGGCGCCGGCACUGUGGCCGCCGGCUGGCAGAACUUUAUCAUCUGCAUCGAAAUGUUCUUUGCUGCCAUUGCCCUCCGAUACGCCUUCACCUGCACUGUCUACCAGGAGAAAAAGAAUGAAGUGCCAGAAAGCAUCCCUCCUAUGCACAGCAUCUCCAGCGGUCUGAAGGAGACCAUAAACCCAGGAGAUAUGGUGCAGGAUGCCAUCCACAACUUCUCCCCAGCCUACCAGCAGUACACCCAGCAGUCCACACAAGAAGUGGUCCAGCCCAGCACGAACGGAAAAGCGGCCACGGGCAACAAGAGCUCCCGCAAGUCUGACAAAAUCAUGCUGAUUACCUCUGAUGAUGAGUUCUAGGCAUUUUUCCAGCAAGAUCCAGGUGUUUGUGUCCUUGCCACCCCCAUCUCUGACCCCCUGGGGACACGACUGCAUCGCAUAUCUCACAGAGCUGGUUUGAAUCCAGGUGUUUAAUUUUCAUCAUCCCAGUAUUUAAGCUGGACUGCUUGCUUCUGUUCUGAUUUAAUGAAUAAUUUAAGCACCAAGAGGAGGAAGAAAUUAGUGGUAGUUUUUUAAAAUUGAUAGCUCAAUGACCAGAGAACUCAACUGUCCUCAUAUCUGCAGUAAUAAUCACAGGAAAAUGACAUGUCACCUUGUCAUUUGUCACUGUAUCAGAGACAUCUGGAGCGUUGCAUUUUCUUUAAAUCAAGCUGCCGGAUGUUCAGCAGUGUCCCUGAUCCUGAUUCUGUUUCGAACAUUAUGUCAACGCUCGCUCUCUGGCCGUCUGAAGUGUGUUCUCUCUGAUUCAUGUCAGUUUCAAAGAGAAGAUGAUUAAUAUGCAACCGCAGGAGAGAAGCAGGGAAACCAGCGAUGACUGGGAAUGACACUUUAUGGACCGUCUCUCGCAUCUGCUCGUUUGAAGUAUUUGCUGAGCAUUCCUCUGCAUGGUUUCCUGACAAAUGGAAAGAUUUGUUCAGAGACACAUUCGUUUUGGAGCAGGCACUUCAAACUGCAGACUAUAGCACUUCACAAUCCUUUGUAUCUAGCGUAGCAUGGACAAAUUGGAUAAACCUGUCUCCUACAAAGUGGAAGUUGUAUUCUUCUCAUUAAUUUUCCCAGCAUGCUAAGGAGUUUAAUUCAGUGCGAGACAGCCGUUUAACAGAUGCUAACAAUAAGUCAUUUUGCAGCUUCUGUGCUAUUGUAAAUUAUUUUGGCAGAACUUUUUUUUUUAAAUGUUUUACUUCUUCACAUCAUUAUUCAUGUUAUAAUUCCAAAUGAAAAUAUGCACAGGAUUUCAUUGGUGUGAACUGUGGUGUUUUAAAAUGUCUUAUUUGUGUAAAGAAACUCUUUGGAUUCUCAAUUGGGAAGAUUUUAAUAUAUUUAAUGUGUAGAUCAGGCAUAGUCUUACUAAACCAAAUCCAGUGUGAGGAAAAAGAAACACAAACAUGUGUUCUUCAAAAGAGACUUUGAAGUUUAUUUUCCCACUUUGUUUUUCCCAAGAAAUGUUAUUAUCUGUGUUUAUGUCACAUGGGAGACAUAGAGAUUUCUAUGUUUUGUAGUUUGUAUAACAAGUAAUAUGUUGUUUUAAUUUUCAUACAUAUUGUGCCAAUUAUAGCUGUCUUUCUGGGAAAGCAGAAAUUAAUUUACAGUUGGGUACAAAGUGAUAAUGUAAGAAAUAGUUGACUUGUCUUCUUUCGACUUUGUAAAAAAAAAAUAAACAAUUGUUUUUGCUUGUAUAACUCGAA